AUGUCAACCACCAGGUACCGAUCAGAUGCGACAAAGCCCGUUGGUUUCUCCGACUCCGUCGAUCUUAAGUUCGUGGCUACGACUGCAGUGACUUCGAAAACACGAAAAUCUGCCAAGAAACAGAGGCGACGGUCUCGGAAGGUCACGGUGGUUGAUGGCCUAAAUCAUGAGCGUCCAAAUUCUCCUCUUUCGCCCGUCCAUGAAGAUCAUUCGCUUCGAGUUAUUACACCUACGCCGCCUUCUCUUGCUUCUCGUGGUCCGUCUGCUGAAAAUCAUUCGCUUCGAGAUAUUACACCUUCGCUGAAUUUUCUUGCUUCCCGUAGUCCUUCUGCUGAUAACCAUUCCCUUCGAGAUAUUACACCUACACCCAUUUCUCUUAUACCUCAUAGUCCACCUGCUGAAGAAUAUAACGCGCAGUCUUAUCACACUCUUAUGACACACAUAUCUAAUUCUCCUUCUCUUUCUGUAUCUCGUCCUUCUCCUUCUCCUUUUCCUUCUACAUCUGCGUCUUCUUCUUCUCGCAUUCCUUCCGCUCCUCCAACGGAUCAAACUAUUCGCACUAAUCUGACUCCCGAACGUCGUAGGGCUGGUGAAGAAGACUAUCCGCUCCGAUAUCCUAAGAGUUCGUCGAAUGUUCCUCCACCACCACCACCUCCACCUCCAGCAGAUGAAGAUUUCCCGUCCCAAAAUUUCACGCCUACGAACAUUUAUUCUCAAACACAACUACCUCCACCUCCGGCCGAUGAAGAAGAUAACGCAUGCAAAAAUAUUAAUCUGCCACCGCCCCAUGCGUCCGGAGACAGUCCACUUCACCCGGUAGAACUGCUCAAGCAGACGGCAAAGCGGUUUAAACUCGAGUGUGAACGUCGACAUAAAACAACAGUGAUUCAGAAUGAAAAAGCUCAGGCCCGAAACAUCGCUGAACAGGCCAAACAAGUUGUUAUGGCGGCCAAACGUGGUUGGUCGUACGAUGGAGACCAUCGCAAAGGAGUUACGUGGACGGACGAAGAAGAGCCUACCGCUGUCAUCCGGCUGCCUGAGUACGCCGAACUAGAACAACUUGGUUUAGGAAAGUACGACAGUGACGGCUGUUGGGUUCCCAGCUCCACCAGACUCAAGAGAAGGUUUCUCAGUUUACAGUAA